CACCCAAAUUAAAGGAGAUGUUGUCUAGUGAAAAUUUCACCGUAGUAGAGGCAUGGAACACUACCACAACAACGCAAACGCAAACGCAAACGCAGACGCCACACAGACCAUCACUGCUACACCCAACUUUCUAUUGGAGUUACGAUUGCGAAGUGCUUUUCCCGGGAUGGCCUGAUUCUAGCCGUUGGAUGUAUGCUCUCGCACUUAUCUUCGUCUUCUUUUUGGCGUUCUUAGCUGAGUGGCUAGCUCGGUGCUCUGACGCAGCUUCCUCUAUCAAACCCGAUGCUGAUAAGUUUGCAAAGGUGGCGUUUCGUAUAGCUAUGUAUGCCGUCAAGUCCGGCUUCAGCUACCUCGUGAUUCUUGCCGUUGUUUCGUUCAAUGGCGGCGUUUUCAUCGCCGCCAUUUUGGGGCAUGCUUUUGGGUUCGCCGUUUUCCGUGGCCGUGCGUUUCGUAAUGCGGGUCGGGUCGACGGGUAAGAAUCGGAAACCCAACAUGAAUCAAACCGUUUGAUUUUGUUUGGUUUGAUGUUUUGUGAGUUUGGUGAGUGAAGUAAUGGCCCUUUUGUUCUUUGGUUUUCGUUUUUAUUCCUCUUGUGAAAAUAACUUGAACGAAUAUACAGAUUCAAUUCAUGUCUUCUUAAAGAUCGGUUUACGUUUUCUCCUCAAAGAUCGUAGUUGUGCCUCAAAAUCAACAAAAUAUGAAGUUCUUCACACAAUAUAG